AGGGCCCCGUACCAAAACACGGAAGAAGAACCGACUUCAAGAUGAAUAACAGAGAACCAGAGAAGAAACAUAUAAAAUACGUGUUAAUUACGUUAACUAGCUGCACUGUUACUCUCUAAACGGCACUAUAAUUUUCUAACAAAGCUAAAAUGUAUUCCAUGUUGUAUGUAUUUGUUUUAUUUUCGUAAAAACAGCCAUGGCUUUAGAAGUGAGCUAACGAGGCUAAUGAGCUAGUUAGCAGCGGUGCUAAUGAUCUGAAAUGGUCCAGAAGAUGUUCCGGAGCGGGUUCCUGGUCCGGGCCUCUCACACCCUGAUCACCUGGCUCACAACACUGGUCCUGUUCCUGCACAACACCGAUUUACGGAGGUGCGAGGAGCGCGGCGAGCUGCUGCUGCCCGUUCUCUUCUUCCUCGUGGUCGUGCUGUCGGUGCUUCUAUACUUUGCCGUUUCUUUAAUGGACCCUGGCUUCGUUCUCACUGACACUGUCAAGGGUUCAAAUGAAGAAUUGGAGUCGAUGAUUCCUCAGACCUCGACCCCUCGGCUGCGGCGCUGCGGGUACUGCCUGCUGCAGCAGCAGCCAAUGAGAGCGAAGCACUGCCAGACGUGUAAGCGCUGCGUGCGGCGCUUCGACCACCACUGCCCCUGGAUCGAGAACUGCGUGGGAGAGCGGAACCACCGCUGGUUCAUCGUCUACCUGCUGGUGCAGCUGCUCGCCCUGCUGUGGGCGCUCCACAUCGCUCUGUCCGGUAUCUCGGCGAGCCUGACGUGGGCGCUGUGGUUCCGAGUGAACGGUGUCCUGCUGGCGGCGCUGGGCGUGGUGGGCGUGUUCUCCGUGGUGGUGGUGCUGCUGCUGGGCUGCCACCUCUACCUGGUCUCCAUCAACUGCACCACCUGGGAGUUCAUGUCGCGCCACCGCAUCUCCUACCUGAAGCACUGCGGCGACGAGGAGAACCCGUUCGACCGCGGCGUCUUCUGCAACCUGUGGGACUUCUUCUGCGUCUGCAGGACGGUGAUGUGGGAGCAGAUGUACGAGAGGAACGCACCCAACUCGGUCUGACGCCACCUGCACCGCCGCUUAUUUCAGGGAGAGAAAAUCAAUUUAUGACCUCAAUAACAAAGCACAGUAGAGUGUUUUAUCUGCAGCAAAAAUCAGGGUUGAAAGUGUUGAAAAGUUUGCAGGUAGUUAGGGAAUAUUUUAAGCUCCAAUUCUGUUGUAAACUGAAAAAAAAAGGGGAACAUAAAAUAAUUUAUCAACCCUUGUGUCCCAAAAUAUGUCUUCAGAGGACAAAAUAUCUGCUUCAGAAAUCAGCAAUACAAUUAUAUAUUUAUUUUAUUUUACACAUUAACUGAGUUGAAUCCUUUAGUUAACUUUUGUUCUGAUUAUAACUAUGACAUAUUUAUUUUCUGAUUUUCAACCCUUUAAAUGUCAGUUUGUUUACAUUAAAACAUUUAAUUCAUUUCUGCAUACCAAAUACGAGGGUGAUUUUUAUUUUUUUUUAACAACACUGAUUUUGAUGCUCGGAUCUGUUAUUUUUUAAUUGUUGGAUUUUUAGAAAAAACUCCCACUUGUUAACUUAAAGAACAAAAUUGUCCUCUUCCUAAAACUUGGAAUAAAAAUACUGUAUAUUAAUAUUAAUGUCCACUCUCACUGAGUUACAUCUUGUUCAUAAGUUUGUAGAAUUACUACCAAAUAUUAAAUCAGUUUCAGAAUGUAUCUAUGUAUAAAUGCCAGUUUGUUUACACAAUGCAACUAUCGUUUUUAUUUAAGACAAAUACACAAAAUUUGAAUUACUUUCCUGAUAGUAAAAGUAAUCUUAGACUACUGAGUUUUGUCCUGAAGAGUUUAUUAUGGAGUCAUGAUAGGAGCUAAGGUUGAACUUCCAAACAUAAAAAUAAAAGACCUAGUUGCAUUAAUACAGCCAAAAUAAUGGGGAAAAAAAUAAAUUAAAAAGACAAAAAUGUCCUCAGUAAGGCACAAGGGUUAAUGGUUAUCCGGCUCAAAAACAAUCUGAAAUUCUGAGCAAAUUUGGGGGUUUUGACAGUUUGUAAGUUGAUUUUAUGGGCAAAAAGCACUAGUUUAGUGGUCGGUAAUUUCUUUCAAUUCAGUGUUUGCAGAUAUUUAGUUGAAGUCUCUGAACCAAGAGCAUUUUUAAGCCUUUUCUGACAGUUGUGUGGUGAUGGUUUAAGUCCACAAUCACAGAAAUGCAUUUCCUGUAGAAGAUGUGUGGAAUACAUGAAAUAAAUCACAAAGCAUAGCUGAAAAAAUGUAUUAUUUGUCUUAAAAAUCUGACAGUGUUAAUGCAUCGACUCAGAAUAGAUCUGAAAAAAGCAUAAAACAAAACAGCGAUAAUUCAAAUAGUAUAAAUUAUAUUAAAAAGCUGAUUUAAAUCUGAAUGGUGCAAAGUCUUGUGACAAAUUUAGAUUUUAAAUGAAGUGUAAAAGGCUUAAUAUUUUUUUUAUUUUUUAUUUUGAAGUAGAAAAGUGUCAAAAAUAAUAAUAGAGAUUCUCUUAAUUUCAUAUUUUUAAGACAAAUAAUAAUUUUUUCUUCAUUUUCAGCUGCUUUAUUUUAGCAUUUCCACACAUUUUCUGAACAUUUCUUUUUUCCUCAGGUCUGGUCACCACUUUCUCGUCUGUAAAAAAGUUUCUGCUGUUGCCAUGGUGACCGCCGCCUCUUUUCCAACACUAACUGCCUUUAUGUCAGGUGCGAUUAAUGUUCGGUGC